CCUACCAGACCCAUCUUAUCACGACAAUCGGAUCUCGAGCAUUCCCUCUCCUUAAAAAUAUGUUCACGGGCCUCGUUGAGUACAUUGGGACUGUUACGUCUCUGGAGCCCCUCGACACAUCGUCAAGUGGGGGCGGGGGAACAUCACUGACCAUCUCUGAUUGCGAGGAGAUCCUCAGAGACGCCCACCUUGGCGACAGUAUUAGUGUAAAUGGAACCUGCCUGACAGUAACCGCAUUCGAUAAGACCUGGUUCAAGGUCGGCGUCGCCCCCGAGACGCUUCGGCGGACGAACCUGGGAUCAUUGGAAAAGGGCUCCCGGGUAAAUCUUGAGCGGGCCGUUCUGGCAGAGACUCGGAUGGGCGGUCACUUCGUACAGGGUCAUGUCGACACUGUCGCAAAAAUUCUCUCCGUCACUCCGGAUCAGAACUCCUUGGUAUUCCGACUACAGCCUCGCGAUCAGAGUGUAAUGAGGUAUAUCGUGGAGAAGGGCUAUGUCACACUGGAUGGAGCCAGCUUGACGGUGACCAAGGUUGUGGAUGGGCCAGACGGGUACUUUGAAAUCAUGCUUAUUGCCUACACACAAGAGAAGAUUGUGACGGCAGCUAAGAAGCCCGGGGAUUACGUCAACGUAGAGAUUGACAUUGUGGGCAAAUACGUUGAAAAGAGUGUCCAGGGUUAUUUUGCUGGAACCGCUGGAGGAGACAUGAGCAUUCUAGAGAAGAUGGUGUCUCGCAUUGUAGACGAGAAGCUAAAGCGGUGAUAAGCAACAAACGAAUGCGGCCUGACCAUCUUGAAUAGUGGGAUUCCACCUCAGACCUAACCUGUAUGACCGUAUUCAUAAUGUCUUCCAUGUAUCGUACCCGGGACAAUGAAAUCGAU